AUGGAACGAAGAGGACGCGCAUCAUGGCGGGAGCGCCACACACAAUUUAUCCUUGUAGCAGUUUUGCUGGCCUUUGAAAAAGCCGUUUCGGAGCAUAUACGAUGGUCUUUUACCGAGGAGCAGAACCACGGAGCCUUGGUUGGAAAUAUUGCAAAGGAUAUACAUAUUGACCCAAUUGUCUUAAAACAGCGAGGAUGUCGUAUUGUAACAGCGUCGGGAGAGUCAAUGUUUAAUAUAAAUCAAGAUGAUGGAGGGUUGUAUGUGAACGACAAAAUUGACAGAGAGGAGAUUUGCGACGGAGGCGGCAACUGUUUAAUAAAUAUAAAAAUUGCUCUUGAAAAUCCACUAGAGAUUCACUACGUAUCUGUUGAAAUUCUAGACAUAAACGACAACGCUCCGAGUUUUAUUCAGAAAGAGAUACAUUUAGAGAUAUGGGAGUCUGCCUUACCAGGUACUCGAUUCCAGCUCCAGGCAGCUCACGACCCGGAUAGUGCCAGUAAUUCAAUUCAAAGUUAUAAGCUGAGUCACAACGAUUAUUUUCGCCUAGAAGUCAAAAAUCGUGAAGAUGGUAAAUUUCCUACUUUGAUUUUACAAAAGCAGUUAGAUAGAGAAGUUGCAAAGGAAAUUAACCUACUAAUAACUGCGCUAGAUGGCGGGAAACCACCGAGAUCAGGAACAACUGGCAUAAUCAUAAAUGUGUUAGAUAUUAAUGACAAUGCACCGGUUUUUACUGAAGAUGUUUAUACUGUUAUGGUGAAUGAAAAUAUACCUAUAGGCACGACAUUAAUGCAGGUAAAUGCCACAGAUUUGGAUGAGGGUUCCAAUGGGGAGAUCGUUUAUUCAAUAGGUAAUGUAAAUAACAAACUGCGAGAAUUUUUUGAAAUACACCCAAACACUGGCGAAAUUAUCGUGAGGGGUCAGUUAGAUUUUGAGGUUAAAGAUAAAUAUGAGAUCGAUAUUCAAGCAUCUGACAAAGGAUUUGUACCAAUGACAACAGAUAAAACUGUAACAAUAAAGAUUGUAGAUGUAAAUGACAACGCGCCGGAGAUAGAGGUGACAUCACUUUCAAGUGUUAUAUCGGAAGAUUCCAGAUCUGGCACCACAGUUGCUUUAAUUAGUGUGACUGAUUUGGACUCGGGAAUAAACGGAAAAGUUUCUUGUUUAGUACCGAAUGACAUGCCUUUUAAGUUAAUUCUAUCAACACAUGAUCGUGUUUACUCAUUGGUAACAGCAUCGUCGCUUGAUAGAGAAACUGCAUUUGAAUACGAUAUUACAAUACUUGCAAAAGACGCAGGAGAGCCGUCGCUGUCCUCAAUAAAAAUUAUAAAUGUACAGGUAUCAGAUGUAAACGACAACACUCCAGAGUUUUUACUUUCCCCAUACACUUUUUAUGUAAUGGAAAACAACCUCCCUGGCACGUCUUUACUUUCGGUAUCUGCUUUCGAUCGAGAUUCUGGUAAAAACGCUGUGAUCAGCUAUCAGAUAUGGAGACACAACCUUAAGCAGUAUACCUAUGAAUCUUUUGUAAGUGUAAAUUCUGAAAAUGGCCAAAUAUAUGCGCUUAAGAGUUUUGAUUUUGAAACAAUAAAAACGUUCCAGUUUCUUGUUGUAGCUACUGAUUCUGGAACUCCGUCACUUAGUAGUAACGUGACAGUGACUGUAUUCAUUCUAGAUCAGAACGACAACGUUCCAGUGAUUCUAUAUCCAGUCAGUGCUAACAGUUCUGCUGAAGGUGUGGAGGAGAUUCCUCGUAAUGUAAACGCAGGAUAUACAGUGACUAAAGUAAGAGCCUACGACGCAGAUAUAGGAUACAAUGGCUGGUUAUUGUUUUCCCUGCAGAAAGUGAGUGACCACAGUCUUUUUGGUUUGGACCGCUAUACAGGUCAAAUAAGAACACUUCGUUCAUUCACAGAGACAGACGAAGCCGAACAUAAACUAGUCGUCCUGGUCAAAGACAAUGGCAACGUUUCACUUUCAGCUACAGCGACUAUGAAGAUAAAAGUUCUGGAUCCCAAAGAAGCUUUUGCAGCUGACGAUGUAAAAACUACAGUUAAAAAUGAUGAAAAAAAUAACGUAACACUGUAUUUGAUGGUUACACUGGGACUGGUUUCAUUGCUUUUUGUUAUCAGUUUAAUUGUGCUAAUUAUAAUGCAGUGCUCCAACUCUACAGACUAUUCAUCCGAAUAUCUGCAAGAUUUAAAGUAUGACGGGACAUUAUGUCACAGCAUCCAGUACAGAUCCGGAGAUAAACAAUACAUGUUAGUUGGGCAUAGAAUGAGUGCCGGUUCUACUUUAGGUUCUAGUAGUAAUGCAAAUACUCUAGUGGUACCAGAUCGCAGAAGAGCUUCUGGAGAGGUAAGAGCUAUUUCUAAGUCAUGUUAA